UGAAAUUCUCGCGUGGUGGCUGUCGAACGCGCACGCCUCAACAUGUCCGAAUCCCAAGUAUACUUCGAUUGGUUGGAUUAUUUGGUAUUCGGGGCAAUGUUGCUUCUUUCAGCCUUAAUCGGUGUCUACUUCGCAUUCUUUGCCACGAAGAAGCAGAACACAACAGCGGAAUAUCUGAUGGGAGGGAAAACCAUGGGAAUGUUCCCCAUCUCAAUGUCCUUGAUAGCCAGCUACGUUUCCGGAAUUUCAUUACUCGGUCUCCCGGCUGAAAUGUACACCUACGGUACCCAACUUUGGACUAUUGUUCUGUCAGAGUGGAUCGUAUCUCUGACCAUAGCGAUAGUCUAUCUGCCUGUUUUUUACAAUUUACAAAUUACGUCUACUUAUGAGUAUUUGCGGUUAAGGUUCAACCAGAACGUUCGUCUCUUGGGAUCUGUGAUAUUUAUUAUUAAAAUGUUAUUAUACAUACCGAUCGUUAUCUAUGUUCCAGCUUUAGCUUUUAGCCAAGUUACUGGGGUCAAUCUUCACAUGAUAACACCAAUUGUGUGCAUCGUCUGUAUUUUCUACACUACACUUGGUGGCUUGAAAGCUGUGGUAUGGACGGAUGCCUUACAAACAAUACUUAUGUAUUUUGGAGUAAUAUUUGUACUUGCUUAUGGUACUUGUCGUCUUGGAGGAAUAGGCGAAGUUUUAAGAAUAAACAAAGAAGGUGACAGGCUAGACUUCUUUAUAAUGGAUAUUGAUCCCACCAUUCGCCAUACAUUUUGGAGUACUGUAUUUGGCAACUACUUCAGCUGGCUAGCCUCGUGCUCCGUAAACCAAGCGAUGAUCCAGCGGUGUCUUGCCCUUUCAUCUCUCAAACGGGCUAGAAUAACAAUUUUCAUAAUGGCUGCCGGGAUUUUUAUCAUCGUAUCACUAUGUUGUUACACUGGGUUAGUGAUAUAUGCAACUUUUGCGAGCUGCGAUCCGCUCACCACAAAAGCAAUCAGAAAAAGCGACCAACUCUUGCCGUACUUCGUAAUGACUAUCACUGGAUCCAUUCCUGCAUUACCAGGCAUAUUCAUGAGUGGAGUCUUUAGCGCUGCUUUGAGUUCAAUGUCUACUGGCUUAAAUUCAUUGUGCGGUGUAAUAUUCGAGGAUCUGAUUAGACCAGCGUACAAUAAGCCUAUUUCAGAGAAGACCGCCAGUUUCAUCAUGAAAGUCAUUGUUGUAAUUACUGGUGCAAUUUGCGUCGCUCUUGUUUUUCUCGUGGAGCACAUGGGGGCCUUGAUACAGGCGGGUAAAAGCUUGGCUGGCAUCACUGCUGGCAGUCUUCUGGGAUUGUUUACAAUGGGACUUUUUAUGCCAUGGAUCAAUGCGACAGGAGCGUUGGUAGGCGGUAUAACUUCGACACUUCUAGUGGGCUGGAUCUCCUUGGGAACUCAGGCGGCCAUGUUGAGAGGAGAAAUCGUGGUGAUGCCGAAACCCGUCAGCGUCGCAGGAUGCGCGAACAACUUCACUCUCGCCACCACACCGACACCAGACGUCAUUGUAGAGUUUGACAGAUCUGGGACGUUUUUCCUGUACAGAGUGAGUUACUUGUAUUACACGCUCAUUGGUAUGUUGGUGUGCAUUAUGACUGGAUCAAUCAUAACUUAUUUUACACGCCCGAACGAACCUGCUAUGGUACACCGCGACCUGUUAACACCAGUGAUUCACCGCUGGCUCCCACCCCAAGACGUCCACUGCCGCCGACCAAGACUCACCCAGCAUGACAUCGAGCUCCAUGCAAGGGAAAUGGAACACUUGCGGGCCCGUUCUAUACAUCUAAAAGAAGACACUGGCCGCGAGACUGAAUAUGUUACUCAAAGGACGAACAAUUUUAGUUAGUAUUUAGUAACUUUAUUAAGUUUUGUUUA